AGCAGAGAUGCAUACAACAGCAGCAUUUUAUGUUUCAUACACGAGACGAGCGUACUGCUAAUUGACUCAGCACGGUGCUGUUACAAUUGUAGCUAUUACUACGAAGACACUGCUAUAUUGCCGACUUGUUUCGUUGCAAAAGAGUUCCCAGCCACGUCAACUUCAUCCGUGGCAGUAAAGUUCAUCGGAUCUAGAUUUUAACAGGUGAAACGGUAUAGUAGACCCUUUAAAUGGCUCAACCUUUGCUGAAACACCCCACAAGACAUUGAAAGGUGCUUGUAUGUGGAGUCUCUAUCAUGUCAACUUGUUGAUGUGUUGCCAAUGACCCGUGCUCCUAUCCACAAAAUGGAGGCCGAUAAUUGCCCUGCUGGAAACAAGGUGGAACAAACAGUUUCCUCCCCUCAACAGGAGAACACUGCUUGUGGUGGACCUGCUGUAGGUGAUCCAGACAGUCAAAGCCAGUCACCUAAAGCUGCCUCCAAGGCUUCCCACCCUGAAUCAGAGGACCUGGACUCCUUUAACCUGAUAGAGCCCCCUCCUCUGGACUGGAGGUCAGACGACUCUAGUGAAGCAGGGUCAGUGGAAGAGAUGGAUGACCCCAGCUUUCCUCCCUCCUUGGUCCCUGUGGACAGUCCAGAGGAUGUACUAGGUGAGUCCCUAUCUGCUGGGGAUGGAGUAGGUGAGUCCCUACCUCUCUUGGACACCAGUGACACUGUAGCUUUUCCUGUGGUAGUUAGCCAGGAGGAGUUAAUCAACUUUGCUCCUGAGGAUAGAACCCCAACUGAACAGGUCCUGGAUCCUUGCGAAAAGGAAAGAGUGGUGGAGGAAGAGAAGAAGGUUGAGGUCUGGAGACCAGGUGACGAAGACCACACUCGGAUCCACCACCUGUUGAACCGACUCCAAGUCAUCAGAGAAAGCCCUCUCCCCAGGGACUCAACCUCUGACCCUACAUCAUCAGCGUUCUCUGAGUCCUCGGACUUUGACCCUCCAUUCCCAUCUCUGUUGACUGACGUCAGCCCUUUCCUACCAGAGCAGAACCUGAACCAGGCCUCGGGGCUGCUGUUCUCUGAGAGUCAACAGAGAGACCUAUUAGGGCUGCUGGAGUGUACAGAGAUAGGGGUUCCCCAGCCCAGUCCUUCUGAUACCCAGGUUCCUCAUUACGUGGCCCGGAGAGAGGAGAUGGAUGCGGUGGUGUCUGUCUCCUACAACCAGGAGGACGGGGAGAGGUUCUGGGACCACUUUGGGAACAGCGGGCGGCUGCGCCACAGAGAUGACUCCGUGGACUCUAUCUCCAAGGACGAGGUCCCAGAGCCUGUGUGGAUGAAGUUAGGGGAGGAGGCUCCAGAGGAGGUCAACGAUGCAGAGAACCGUGAGCGGGGCACAGAGGACCACCCAGCCUAUAAAGAUGUGCCUGGCCCCUGUGACCCAGAUGACCUCCUGGAUGGGGUCAUAUUUGGGGCCAAGUACCUGGGCUCCACCCAGCUCAAGUCUGACAAGAACCCUUCCACCAACGCCCGAAUGAAACAGGCCCAAGAGGCUGUGGACAGGAUCAAAGCCCCAGAGGGAGAGUCUCAGCCUAUGACUGAGGUGGAUCUCUUCAUCUCCACUCAGCGCAUCAAAGUCCUCAGCGCAGACACACAGGAGGCCAUGAUGGACCACCCUCUCCAGAUGAUCUCCUACAUCGCAGACAUCGGCAGCAUCGUGGUCCUGAUGGCCCGCAGGAAGCCGGCCGUGGGCCGUAAAGGCCAGGAGGGGAACCCCACCGGGGCCAACUCCCCCGGGCCACAGAAAAAGUGCUGCAUGAUCUGCCAUGUGUUUAACUCCGAUGAUGCCCAGGUGAUCGCUCAGGCGAUUGGCCAGGCCUUCGGUGUGGCCUACCAGCAGUUCCUCCAUGCCAACGGCAUCAAGGCCAGCGAGCUAAAGCCCAGCGAGUACAGUGACUACCUGGGAACACAGGAGCUCUACAAUGGAGACCUGGUGCACUUCUCUGAUUCAGAUAACAUCAGAGAGGUGUCCAUCUCCAAGGCUCCUGGGGAGAUAGUGGGGGUGGCAGUGGUGGAGUCAGGCUGGGGGUCCAUCCUGCCCACGGUGGUGGUGGCCAACCUGCUCCACGGUGGCCCUGCAGAGCGCUGCGGGGCCCUCAGCAUUGGAGACCGCAUCAUGUCCGUCAAUAGCACCAGCCUAGUGGGCCUCCCCAUAACCACCUGCCAGAGUAUCAUACGGGAUUUGAAAAACCAAGCCGAGGUGAAGCUCAGUAUUGUCCAUUGCCCUCCCGUCACCAUGGCUAUAAUCAAGCGACCGGACCCAAAAUUUCAGUUGGGCUUCAGUGUGGAGGACGGCAUUAUCUGCAGUCUGAUGCGUGGAGGGAUCGCAGAGAGAGGGGGCAUCCGGGUCGGACACCGCAUCAUUGAAAUCAACGGGCAGAGUGUGGUAGCCACUCCUCACGAGAAGAUCAUCCACAUUUUGACUAACGCAGUCGGGGAGAUUCACUUGAAGACAAUGCCAGCCUCUACAUAUCGCCUUCUAACGGGACAAGAUACGCCAGUAUUUCUCUGAGAGAACGGAGAAGAGAAUGCUGCUGUGCUCUCAAGCAAACAAGCUAUACGCAGGCCAUUUUCCAUCUAUACACAUGCUCACUUGCAGUCUCAUUUGAUUUUCUUUCUCCCCAUAUGCAAUUGUACUGUAUCAGCUGGCUACUGAUACACAUAAAGGGGUUCCCCACCUGUACAGAAUGUUUGUAUGUAUGUUGGAAUUACAUGAUGAUGCAGCACAUUUAGAUUUAAAAAAAAAUAAAACUCAGUUUAUAUUUAUGAGAUGUUUUAAAGCAAAUUAUAACUAAGAUUGCCAAUAGGAAAAGUUAGGUUAAUUUUCGACUAUACUAAGUAUCUUAACAGGAACAGCAUGAGUAUGUGCAAUUAAUGUCUUCCACCACCGCUCUUUAGUUGCAGAUGUGCCUCCGUUGAACUUGAGUUAAUGGAGAGAAGCCUUACUUAAGGAAGAUAUCUCUCGUUGUUUCGUGCUUCCCGCCUCAUUCUAUUUUGGUAUUUUAUUAGGAUCCCCAUUAGCUGUUGCUGAAGCAGCAGCUACUCUUCCUGGGGUCCACACAAAACAUGAAACAUAAUACAGAAUGACAUAAUACAGAACAUCAUUAGACAAGAACAGCUCAAGGACAAAACGACAUACAUUUUUUAAAAGUCACACGUAGCCUACAUAUCAAUACAUACACACAAACUAUCUUGGUCAAAUAGGGGAGAGGUGUUGUGCUGCGAGGUGUUGCUUUAUCUGUCUUUUGAAACCAGGUUUGCUGUUUAUUUGAGCAAUAUGAGAUGGAAGUUCCAUGUAAUAAGGGCUCUAUAUAAUACUGUACGUUUUCUUGAAUUUGUUCUGGGUUUGGGGACUAUGAGAAGACCCCUGGUGGCAUGUCUGGUGGGAUAAGUGUGUGUGUCAGAGCUAUGUGUAAAUUACUAUGCAAACAAUUUUGGGGAUUUUUCAACACAAUGUUUCUUAUAAAAAGUGAUGCAGUCAGUAACUCCUUAACUCUUAGCCAAGAGAGACUGGCAUGCAUAGUAUUUAUAUCAGCCCUCUGAUUACAAUUAAGAGCAAAAUGUGUCGCUCUGUUCUGGGCCAGCUGCAGCUUAACUAGGUCUUUCCUUGCCACACUGGACCACACGACUGGACAAUCAAGAUUAGACACAACUAGAGCCUGCAAAACUUGCUUUUUGGAGUGUGGUGUCAAAAAAGCAGAGCGUCUCUUUUUAACGGCUAGACAAUGUCAUUGACCAACAUGCACGUCAACAGGCUCCUACAUGAGUUUAAAAUUGUUAUUACACUGUAUCUCCGAACGGUGUACUAUUAAAAUGCUGAAAGAUGUAUUUUGCAUGCCAUUCCCAUUUCAGUGCCUGGAAGAAUUCAUAAUGUUGACUUCUGUAUUUGCAGAAGAUAACUUUUAGCGUUAGAAAGAGAUUUUUAAUGACUGCAGUUUUGGAUGUUUAUUAAAUUCGAUCUAUCCCUGGCAA